UUACUUGUGGUCUCACGAUGUACCUCCCAACUUCUGUCAACUGGAACGCCACAGGCCAUGCCUCAUCGACAUGCACUGUAUCCUUGACAGUCCACUGAAGACACAUUUGUAUCCUGGCAACUGGCGGUUUAUCCUCAGCAGGGGACCCUACAGGUCAGGCAUUCGGUGGAUGGAUGGUCAUUAGACAAGAACUCAAGAGGACAUUGUUAUUUGAUGUUUGUCAGUAUGCGCGGUGAGUAUUAUUGCAAUCUGGUUUGAUGUUGACUUUAAAGUUAAGUAAAUGUGAUGAAUGUUUCUUUUUUUUCUUCUGCCUAGCUCUUUUUAUUUUUGUGGUGUUCCAGUAUAUACGUGAGGCACGGUUUCAGUCCUGUAUAUACACAGAAACGGACUAUGUUUGCAAAGAAAUACCAAAAGAUUAUCCUGCAGAUUUGACCUCUAUGAUUAUCUUUGUGAGUGGUUUAGGAGACAUCAGCUUGUCUAUGUUUAACAGUACCAAUCUGACCUCUGUGAACAGUCUGACUAUGGCACACCAAGGUAUCACAGCAAUAGGACCGCAGACUUUUGAUAUGUUUAAAAAUCUCAAAACUCUCAAUUUGGACAAUAAUCGCCUCUCUCAGGUCUCAUCAAACUGGUUCAGCCAUCAUGUUACACUUGAGGCACUCAGACUCUCAAAUAAUAAAAUCACUAGACUGGAUUAUAGUUCUCUUGUUGGGCUGUCAAACCUGCUCAACCUAGACUUGUCUCAGAACCAGGUUCACACUAUUACCCCAAGAAGUUUUCUUGGUUUUAGUAAACUGAGACAGUUGAACCUGUCUAACAACAAACUAACACAUUUGAGUAUGGAUGUGUUUCUUCCACUGAACGGCACAAAGAUCUGCUUGGAUGGAAAUCCCUGGGAUUGCUCAUGCUCUGUGAAUGACUUUGCCAAAUACCUGAGAGGUCUGCAGAAUGCCUCUCUUCUGGAGAAUGACAUGCUGGUGUGCUGCAAUAGCCCUCCUGAUUUGAAAGGUGUACCCUUAUGGCAGGUACCAGAGUGUAAAACCCUCACAUCCAUGAGCCCUACCACUAUGAGUCUUACCACUGGAAGUCCUGGCACCGGGAACCCUGCCACUGUAUUAAUAACCAAACCUCUUACAAUUGGACAGUCGACUUCAAUCAUUUUUAUUGUGGUACUGUGUGCCCUGGUACUUGUCGUCUGUGUCCUUUCAGCAUUGUAUCACAGGAAACGAGAGAGGAAACAUCUACAGGCUGUAAAACCUGUUUCAGAGAAAUCUGAAAUGAUCCGAAACAGCGAAUCAGCUGCAAACAGCAAUGAAGAACACACACAAAUCAAAUCUAACAUUGCGAAUAAAACACAAAUUGCCACAACAGGGGUGUUAUUGAGGACAGAUCAGAUGGUGGUUGGAGAUGAGAAGAUAUCACAGAUAUACCAUAUUUAUUCAUCAGGGACAUAUGACACCAGAGAAUCCAUUAAACGAGUGAGAUCUGCUGGGCCGGUCUUGUGCCAGAUGGAGAUGUUUUCUAAACCCGCAGAAGUGGCCACUGAUGAAGUUGGGGUAAGCAAUGAUGAGUAUUACAAUGGAUGGAUAACCUCAGAAAAAACAAAGGAUAAUGUGUGUGUUAAUUUUGAGAAGUUGGAGGAUGGUAGAAACUUUGCAGAUGAAGAGAUAGAGGGGUCCUCUGAGGUAAGUAACACCUCUGACACACUGGAAUCACACAAGGACCUUAAAGAAAAAAUUGAAGAUACUGAUGAGAGUGUCCGAGCCUCAACAAGUGUAAAUGAAGAGGCUGUUCAGCAUGGUGUAGAGAACAAUGUGUUGGAUCACCUGAAUGAGUUGGCCAUAGGAGCAGAAAGCAGUCAAGAUGUUCUCCAGAUAACACACGUUACAUCCCAGACAGAGGAGACUGAUGAAAACCUGCCGUACCUCACGAUUGGUGCUGGUCCAGAAAACCAGACCUCUGGGGUUGAUCAGAAUACCAUUAAAGAAACAUCCGGACCUUCAAGACCUUUCCGGCGGGUACUGACCUGGCCUCCAACUGCGGCCCAGUGGAAGAAGCAAUGGGCUCAAAAUCAACAAGUCCUCAAUGUGUUCCCACAACUAAUAUUUGUAGCAGCUUGCAGGCAUGAUAUCAGACCAUAUCCACCAAGCAUUUCUCCUGCAAUCUUCCCAACUGCCCCGCAGUUCACUGCACUGGAGUUUCUGCCUGAAAUCACGUCCCCAAUGGAAGAUGUCAGAAUCACUAUUGAUGAGGACAAUUACAGGGCAAGUCUUGAGUCAUCCAAUCAAAGAGUCCUGCAUUUCAGUGCAAAAGAAUGCUUCUCUAAUACUAAUAUACCACCAAGGGAGGAUGGCAGAAUUAUUACAAAUGGGGAAACUUGGAUGUCAGGUCUUGAGUCAAACGUCUUUUCUGAUUUGCCCUCCAAGAACUCUGCAAUUGAUGAAAGUGAGGUCUGCUCUGAAUUGUUCAGCAUUUUUAAUCCAUCAUUUGAUGGCAGCAAGUCAAAGUCUGGUUUUGGAGAGGAGAUAAACAACCAAGAUGAUAUUGACAAAAUGCUGAGCAUGAAAACAAAAGUGAACAGAUUUCACCAAAGAGAGCAGGUUGAGUUAGAAUUGCAGAAGCAGUCCAGGAGAGCAGGGAAAGCUGCAGAGAGAGCUCAGAGAGACCGACGGCAGGGUCAGAUGUGUGAAGGCUCCGACUCGAGAGCACCCCCUGCAGGCGGUUCUCCAAAAGAUGACAGCCUCUUGCUGGGAAAUGAGUACACCUUUAUAGACCUGCUACACGAGGUGACAGAAAAUCAUGGGCGAUGGACCAGAGACAGAUGGAGACAAACUCAAAAAAACAAACAAAAGCUCAAACAGAGUCGUUAGGUACUGGAAAUACGCAUCUAAAUGCACAAUUGUUGAACAAUUCUCUAUAUAAAUAUAAAAAAAGAUCUAAAAAUAAUCAGUUCUUCUGCUCUGUAAGAUGAAACCUGCAAAACGCACUGUAAAAUAUGCAAAAAUCUAAUAAUGGAUUUAUAAUGGCUAUAAUGUUUUUUUUGUUGUUGUUUUUUUUUACUACAUUGUUAAGUGCAAAA